AUGUCUGAGGGAAGUGGCAAUGGCAGUGGUAAUCGUUAUUCCAAUGCUGCCGGUCAAAAUGGAGGCAACAGGCCUGCUCAGAGACCUGUAGCCCCUCUGAGUGCUGUGUUCCGUACGAAGUUGAAACAGCCUCAGUUCUAUUGGUUCCUUGGUCACACGUUAUGCUUAUACUAUUAUAUCCAAUAUAUGCUCUCAUUCCGAGAACAAAGUGUAAAGACAAAUUACAGGAAGAUCAUGCUAUACACAGUGAUCAGUUAUGGGAUUGUGCUUCACCAAUAUGUGAAAUCAAAACAGUUAAGAUUCCAGUGGUCGAAUUUAAAACAGCAGAUCAGACAGUUGGAUAACCUACAAUAUUUUACACUUUCCAUUGUUCUUUUGAUAUGUUCUCUAUCAGGAGGGAAAACUUUAACUCAAACUGAAUCAUCUAUGGUUAUAUACUCUUUGUUCCAUGCAUUGAAUUAUUUCAAAGAGAAUGUAUUGCCAUUCAUUCCAAUGAACCCCAUGUUAAAAGGUUCAUUGUCAAAUAAAAUCUCGUAUUUCAUCACCAAUUUCAACGGGUCUUUCUUCCAUGCUGCAGUGAUGUCAGAACUUGUAACGAUGUGCAAAGUGUGUCUCAUGCUGCCCAUACAGUUAAUCUCUGUGCUUAUCACAUUCAAUGCCAAGAGUUUAUUCACACUUCUAUCAAUCUGGGCAUACGCUAUAUUCUUUAAGUUAAGAUACAAUCAAAGUGAACAAAUGAGGUUGCUAUGUAACCAGAACCAAAUGAUGAUUGAAAACUUCAUCUCAACUCGUUUGCCUAUGUUCAUGGACAAAUGGUUAGGCAUUAAACAUUUGGCUAAAGUCUUCUUUGAUAGAAUCCUUGCUUGA